UGACUGCUGAAACAUGGGAAAGGGUUUCUACAUUAGCAAAACCCUCGGGAUAGUAGGGAUUGUGAUAGGCGCAGGAGCGGUGGCCACAAUCAUCGCCCUUUCUGUGGUCUAUUCCCAAGAGAAGUCCAAAAACAACGAGAUCGAGAACCAACAGACGACUACAACAAAGGGCCCGACAACAAAUGUUCCAGCGACGACAAACGUCCCAACAACAGCACCAUCCAAUGAACCAUGGGACCAAUGGCGGCUUCCUCAAACUCUCAGUCCAGAAACCUACAAAGUCAACUUGUGGCCGAGGCUCCAGAAGAACGCUGAGGGACUUUACAUCUUCACGGGAGAGUCAAGUGUGGUCUUCAGAUGUGUGGAAAACACAGAUCUGAUCCUCAUUCACUCCAAUAAGCUGACCAUCAAAGACUCGACCACUUUAAAAGCACUCGGAGGUAAUCCAGCUCCUAACAUUGUGUCAACUAAGAUGCAUCCAAAAACCCAAUACAUGGCGAUUUGGCUGGAUCGAGAACUAACUGCUGGGGAAAGUUAUGAGCUUUACACUGAAUUCGUGGGAGAGCUUUCUGAUGACUUGGGUGGCUUUUACCGGAGUGAAUAUUAUGAUGAGAAUGGUGUGCUCAAAGUGGUCGCCACAACUCAGAUGCAGGCAACGGAUGCCAGAAAAGCAUUUCCUUGCUUUGAUGAACCAGCAAUGAAAGCCGUGUUCAACAUCGUUCUUCUCCAUGAUCCAGGAACUGUCGCGCUCUCCAAUGGCGUUGUGAUCGAGGAGAUUCCAGUUACAGAGGAUGGCAUUUCUUUAACCAAAACCACAUUCGCACCCACAGAAAAAAUGUCGACAUAUUUGUUGGCAUUUAUAGUCAGCGAAUUCACCUACAUUGAACAAAAACUUGAUGAUCUGCAGAUUCGAAUUUUUGCACGUAAAGAAGCCAUUGAUGCAAAUCAAGGAGAGUAUGCACUCAAUGUGACCGGAAAAAUUCUCCGAUUCUUUGAGGAGUAUUACAAUUCGUCCUACCCACUGCCCAAAUCAGAUCAAAUCGCUCUGCCGGACUUCAACGCUGGUGCAAUGGAAAACUGGGGUUUAAUCACGUACAGAGAGACAGCCCUGCUAUACGAUGAAGAAAUGUCCUCAAAUGGAAACAAAGAGAGGGUCGUCACUGUUAUAGCCCAUGAACUUGCCCAUCAGUGGUUCGGAAACCUUGUGACUAUCAGGUGGUGGAAUGACCUGUGGCUCAAUGAGGGUUUUGCCUCUUAUGUGGAAUAUCUUGGGGCGGAUAAAGCUGAGCCAUUAUGGAACAUUAAAGAUCUGAUCGUUCUUAAUGAUGUGCACCGAGUUUUCGCUAUUGAUGCAUUGGCCUCAUCUCAUCCCUUAUCAUCUAAAGAAGAGGAUGUCCAAAGGCCGGAGCAAAUUAGCGAAGUGUUUGACACAAUCUCCUACAGUAAGGGGGCAUCAGUACUCAGGAUGCUAUCAAACUUUCUGUCUGAGGACGUGUUUACUCAAGGGCUCAGAACCUACUUGGAACAUUUCAAAUUUAACAACACAGUGUACACAGAUCUUUGGGACCAUCUUCAAAUGGCUGUGGACGAGACUGGAACUGAACUCCCCAGAUCUGUGAAAGAUAUUAUGGACCGCUGGGUUCUUCAAAUGGGCUUCCCUGUGGUCACUAUUAACACCGUAACUGGACAGAUCUCACAGGAGCACUUCUUAUUGGACCCUGAAACCAAACCAGAGCCAUCAGAAUUCAACUAUGAGUGGUUUGUACCAAUUACAUGGACAAAGAAUGAAGCAAUAAAACCCCAGUAUUGGCUGCUGCAGAAAAACACUCAAUUCGAUGACAUGAAAACGAAUGCAAAUGAGUGGGUUCUCGCCAACAUCAACAUGGUAGGAUACUACAGGGUUAACUAUGAUGAGCAAAACUGGGAACGCCUGCUUAAUGCUCUCCAGACAUCCAGAGAGAGUAUUCCAGUUAUUAACCGGGCACAGCUAAUCGAUGAUGCUUUCAACCUGGCCAAAGCAGGAAUUAUUAAAACAACCUUGGCUCUAAGAACCACAGAGUUUCUAGAUGUAGAAACCGAAUACAUGCCAUGGCAGUCUGCUCUCAACAACCUGGACUACUUUUACCUCAUGUUUGAUCGCUCAGAGGUUUACGGCCACAUGCAGGCAUACAUUAGAAAGCAGGUGACACCCUUGUUUGAAUACUUUACAGAACUAACAGACUGGCAGGGUGUGCCUGACAAUCAUACUGAACAAUACAAUCAAGUGAAUGCUCUCCGAGUUGCCUGCAGCAUUGGGUUAAAAAAUUGUACAGAUCUUGUUACAUCAUGGUUCGGAGAGUGGAUGAACAAUGAAGAUGCCAACCCAAUUCAUGCCAACUUGAGGUCUACAGUUUACUGCAGUGCCAUUGCUGCAGGUGGUGCUGAAGAGUGGGAAUUCGCCUGGAAAAUGUUUGAAAAGACUUCCGUCGCUUCCGAAAAAGACAAACUGAGAGCUGCAAUGGCAUGUGCCACCCAGCCCUGGUUACUGAACAGGUAUCUCGAAUACACUUUGGAUGCAAACAAAAUUCGCAAGCAAGAUGCUACUUCUACCAUUGUCAGCAUUGCAAGCAAUGUAGGCGGCCAAUCAUUGGCUUGGGAUUUUGUUCGAGCCAAUUGGGAGUACAUUUUCAACCAGUAUGGAGGUGGAUCUUUUUCUUUCUCCAAUUUGAUCAACGGCGUCACAAAGAGAUUCUCCACUGAGUUUGAACUGAAACAGCUAAUGCAGUUCAAGGAGGACAACGAGCACAUCGGCUUCGGUUCCGGAUCCCUAGCCAUUCAGCAAUCCAUUGAGAGGACAAAAGCCAACAUCAAAUGGGUGGAACAGAACAAAGCUGAUGUUUUACAGUGGUUUAAAGACCAAUCCAAACCCUAAAAGCUAUGAACAUGCUGUGAUUAGUUUGCUCUGAGGAGGAGAGGAACACUGGGGAACACGCUGUUUUGCUAUAUCUAAAUGAGGACUCAAGAAAAAUGAUUAUUUAUUAUUCAUGAUGUUCGCAAUAUUUUCCACAGCUACUUUCUUCCUAUGAAGAUGUACAGUGUAUAAAUAUGUUUUCUUGGAGUUUUUUCAUGUUGUAAUUAUUCAUUUUGUCUUUGAUCAUUCUUUGCAAUGUUUUAUAAUGUUAUUAUAAUGUUAAAUAACUGUAGAACUGAAUAUGCAAAUGGUGCAUGAUUAUUUGGUAUUUGUCAUUUUGAUAUUUUGUGUAAUGAAAAUAAACACAUCCAUCCAUAA